UUUCCCGGACAGAUUCUCCGUUUCCGGGAAGACUAAAAUUGCAAGAGACGAGCUUAUUCCUUGUCAUCGGAUCUGGGAGCGUUCAAUCCUGCAUCGGUCGGUUGGUUUUGGCUGAUCGAUUCCUCGAUCAAUCUUUCAUAUCCAUCUAACUAUCUAAGGGGAAUUUAGAGAGUGUUUUGAGGUGGUAACAUGGCUAGUGGGUUUGGGGAACCAUCGACCAAUAGGGCACCCCCAAGCCCCUCUUCAUCUAGCAGCAAUGGUAAUAAUGGAAGUGAUGCUGGGAAUUUUGAAUGCAAUAUUUGCUUUGACUUGGCACAAGACCCAAUUGUUACACUUUGUGGUCACCUCUUCUGCUGGCCUUGUCUUUACAAAUGGCUUCAUAUUCACUCACAUUCUAAAGAAUGCCCGGUGUGUAAGGCGCUCGUUGAGGAGGAGAAGUUGGUUCCUUUGUAUGGCAGGGGAAAGAACUCGACCGAUCCUAGGUCUAAGUCUAUUCCUGGAAUGGAAAUUCCUCAUCGUCCCACAGGACAGAGGCCUGAAACUGCUGCCCCACCGCCAGAUGCGAAUGCUUUUCCACAGCAUGGUUUUGGAUUCACGGGUGGGUUUGGAGGAUUUGGCCCCAUGGCAACUGCUAGGUUUGGCAACUUCACAUUCUCUGCAGCUGUUGGUGGACUCUUCCCGUCAUUGUUUAACAUUCAACUGAACGGUUACCCCAAUUCUGCCAAUUAUGGAACAUCAGCUGGUUUCCCUUUUGGGUAUGGUAACACAUUUCAUGGUGGACAUGCUCAUGGGUUCCCUCAGCACACAAACCAGCAACAGCAGGCAGAUUCCAACCUGAAGUGGUUGUUUUUGUUCAUUGGCAUCACUGUGAUCCUGGCGCUAAUUUGGAAUUAAGGUGAAUCUAUUCUGGAGAUUGAAUUUCUGACUGGUGGCUUAGGAUUAUCAUGGUUGCUUUUUGUAUAUCUUUUAGUUACACUUUUUUUUUUUUUUUUUUUUUUUUUUUUUUUGCCGUCUGUCUCCUGGUUGAGAAAUUUGUCCAUACGUUAUACUUUUUGAAACUUUUGUAGGUCCACUUUGUCUCCUCGACCUUCUGUAGCUUAACCCCUCUGUAGCCACAAUUUAGUCAUUCUUAUGAUAUCCACCUUCUAUAAACUCAAAUUCUUAUGAGUUUUUA